ACUUACUAUGACUGCUAUUUCAUAGGAAAGAAGGGAGGCAAUUUCCAGCAAAAUCAAUUUUUUUAGAGUUGCUUCCCUUUAUAAAGUAAACUAUCAUGGCGUCGUCCUUUAAACACGUUGGUUUGAAGGCACGUUACGCGCAAGGUGCGUGUCAUUUCUCCGUGUCAAAAUUAUUGUCGCCUUUUUCACAUCAUCGACAACGUUCUUCAAUACCUACUACUGCUGUGCAUACAAUGACAGAAUCAAACCCAGAUCACUCGUCACAACGGUUAUUUUCAGGCAUCCAGCCAACAUCAGAUGUUCCACAUUUAGGCAAUUAUAUUGGUGCUAUCAAGAACUGGGUCAGUCUACAAGACAAACACUCUUCAGUAAUCCUCAGUUUAGUUGACCUUCAUACAAUUACACUGGCUCACAAACCCCAACAGCUCAGGAGUAACAUUCUAGACAUGACUGCUUGCCUUCUUGCCUGUGGUUUAGACCCUACAAAAGUCAUUCUUUUCCAGCAAUCUCAGAUUCCACAACAUACAGAACUUGCUUGGAUUCUUUCUUGUAACUGUUCUCUGCCACGGUUGAAGCAUUUACCACAGUGGAAGGCGAAAUCUAAAAAUGAGGAGACAGUUUCUGUUGGAUUGUUCAGUUACCCUCUGUUACAAGCUGCAGAUAUUCUUCUUUAUAAAUCCCAACUGGUUCCUGUUGGAGAAGAUCAAGUAAAACACAUUGAACUAGCCAGAGAUCUUGUUAAACAAUUCAAUCGUAAAUAUGGCAAUAUUUUUGUGACACCAAAUAUUCUUACAGGCGAGUUGCCCAAAGUGCUGAGUUUGCAAAAUCCUGAAGAUAAAAUGAGUAAAUCAGACAGUAAUAAACUAAGCCGGAUUGACUUAACAGAUAGUGCUGAUGAAAUAUUUUUAAAAAUAAAAAAAGCUCGAACAGACUGUACUUCAGCAGUCACAUAUGACCCUGCCAACCGAGCAGGAGUCUCUAAUUUAAUUAGUAUCCAUAGCAACUUGACUGACCUCACACCUGAACAGCUAUGUAAAGAAUACACUCAUUUAGACACGGGACAAUAUAAAAAGGUAGUGGCUGAAGCUAUUAUUGAAACAGUAACACCUAUCAGUUCACGCAUAAAAGAAUUAAAAGCUAAUAAAGAUUAUCUUAUCCAGGUUUUAGAAACAGGUAAAGAAAAAGCCACAAAUAUUUCAGAAAACACAAUGAAGACUGUAAAAGAAGUAUUAGGCUUCACUUUACAUUAAUUGAAAUCAUAAAAUACCGUAGAAUACAUUUUUUUUUAUAACUUGGGAGGGGACAAUAAACUUUGUCAGUCUCAA